AUGGAUGAUCUUAUCAUCACAAGAUUGGCAAAGGAGGAGAUCAAUCGAUUCAAGGCGGAGAUGAAGACUCAAUUCAAGAUGAGCGACCUUGGUUUGCUCUCCUUCUACAUUAGGAUCAAGGUCCAACAGAGCAACAACGGCAACGACAUCACGCUAUGCCAAGCGCAUUACACCACUCAAAUCUUGAAGAUGACGGGGAUGAGAGACUGCAAUCCCGCUCACACCCAGAUGGAGGAACGACUCAAACUCAGCCACAACAUGACGGCAGAAAUGGACGCGACGGAGUACAGGAGGCUCGUUGGAAGCCUCUGCUACCUUGUCCACACGCGGCCAGAUCCCGCCUUCUGCGUCGAGUUCGUAAGCCGCUUCAUGGAGCGGCCAACUCAGGAGCAUAUGACGGCCGUGAAGAGGAUCCUGCGCUAUGUUGCUGGAACGAUCAACUACGGCUGCCACUACAGGAAAGCCGAGGAGGGACGGCUGGUUGGUUACACAUAA